AAUACAGACAUUACUUUGUUUCUAUAUUUUGGGCCGAAAUCUUUCAGAACGAAAAAUCCUUCAGUUCCGUGUAGUUUGAAACAAUUUAGUAAAAAAUUAAAUUGCUCAAAUUUGCGUUAAAAGCUUAAGCUCUGCGGACCGCGGUUAUUACGCCGUGCCCAUCUGGCAACGCUGUACCCAGGUGUCAACAACUGAUAGGGCGACCGGGGGUGGUCAGGAGAGCAGAGAGGAGGUGCGAAUGCAAAAUGAAUUGAGCGGUGAACGAGCUGAAAACAAACCAAAACAAGUGUCAUAAUCCUAUCCACACACUCGGAGACGAUGGCAAGCGAUGAUCUUUAUCGCACCAAGUACUCCAGUUCGCGCUAUCAGCGCCAGCAGACGCCCUUGAACGCCACGGCUCUUCACUGGCAGCGCCAGCAAUACGGACACGAUCUUGAUGAGCUUCUUCGCCGGCGGCUCCUGGCCUCACCCGCCUACGUGGACAGGCUGGAACAGGAGGCCGUUCUCGCCGGACAUGACGGUUGCGUCAAUUGUCUGGAAUGGAGCUCGGACGGCUCGUGGCUGGCCUCGGGGUCGGACGAUUACCGUGUUAUGAUCUGGGAUCCAUUUCGCAAGCGAUGCGUUCAUGUAAUCGCCACAAAGCACUUGGGCAACAUGUUCUCGGUCAAGUUCCUGCCCAAGCAUAACAACAACAUAGUAGCUACGUGUGCGGCGGACAAGUUCAUCUAUGUGUAUGAUAUCAACCACUCGAACGAGACCCUGUUCGCCUGCAACUGCCAUCUGAUGCGGGCCAAGCGUCUGGCCACCGCCCAGGACUCGCCGCACGUCUUUUGGUCGGCCGGGGAGGACGGCUGCAUCUUACAGCUGGACAUGCGGGAGCCGCAUCGCUGUCGCCCCGAAGAGGCUAGCAGUGUUAGAUUACUUAGCCUUUCCUAUCAUGUGGAGUCCGGCACUGAGGCCAAGUGCUUGGCCAUUAAUCCCCGGCGAACGGAGUACCUGGCGGUGGGGGCCAAUGAUCCUUUUGCGAGGGUAUUUGAUCGACGCAAGCUACCAUCCAACGCCGGAGAUGCGCUGAGCGGGUGUGUUGCCUAUUAUGCGCCUGGUCAAAUUGUUAAGAACAUCACCCGAAAUAUUGUUCAUGAGUCACGGGCCGUGACUUAUCUCACGUUCAAUGGAAAUGGUACGGAAUUGCUAGUCAAUAUGGGAUGCGAGCACGUCUAUCGCUACGAUCUGAACAGCGCCGAGCCCCCUGUUUUUUACGAGCUACCUGCCUACACAUCUCCUGCCGUCCAGGAGGACGACGAUCAGGUGAAGGAAGCUCCCCAUAAGAGUCGGUCGCUGCCCGCGAGCAUAGAAGUUCACAAGAAGGAGGGUAACGAAUUUCUUGAAAACGGAAAGCUGGUUGCCGCCAUCGAUGCAUAUUCGGCGGCGUUGGCCAAGUAUCCUCAGGGCGAGGUUCUGUAUCUGAACAGAGCCACUGCACUGAUGCGACGCGGCUGGUUUGGCGACAUAUAUGCAGCUUUAAGGGAUUGCCAUGAGGCCCUGCGCCUUGAUCCCAGCUAUGUGAAGGCCCACUUUCGGCUGGCUCGGGCGCUGUUGGAACUUCAUCGUCCCCAGGAUGCAGAAAGGUGCCUGCAAGCUCUCAUCCAGCGAUUUCCCAGCUUUGCCAACAACCAUGGUGUCCUAAUGUUGAACAAGGACAUAAAGGAGAACCGCCGGCAGUCGCAUAAUACAGAGCCACCGGAGCCAGAGCCGGUGGAGGAUGGCUUCCGCUAUCUGAGGCUCACUGAUGUUGAGUACGAUCUCCGUUCCUCGGCCCGAGACUAUAUGCAGCGCUAUGUGGGUCACUGUAACAUCACCACGGACAUCAAGGAGGCAACGUAUCUGGGCAGCCAUGGCGAAUUCAUCGCCGCCGGGUCAGAUGAUGGCAACUUUUACAUUUGGGAAGGUGACACUGGGAAGAUACGGGCCGUUUAUCGGGCGGAUAGCGCCAUCGUGAAUUGCGUUCAACCGCAUCCCAGUAUCUGUAUGCUGGCCACCAGUGGUAUUGAUCACGAUAUCAAAAUCUGGUCGCCGUGCGCCUCCAGUCCGGAAGAGAGACCAAAUCUAGUGGCCGAUGUGAUGCGGUACGUGGAGGAUAAUCAGCAAAAGAUGCGCACCGAUCCAUUCGAACUGAAUACGCGCAACGCGUACUGUUUCAACAAUUAAGAACUAUAGCGUAAUGUGAAUUUUUAGAUCUAGAUGUAGAUCUAAAUUUGGCAAUAUAUCGAAUAUUAGUGUAAUAUAAUUUAAGCAAACUUA